AUGCUGGAAGAGGAUAAAUUAGAAAAUCAAUUUACCAUGUUCUGUUGGCAUUGGAAGAGACCAAUGGACACACCAGUUCGGAAUCUUCUUUUCGUGAAGGAAAUUGACACACCAAAUCGCUUUGGAGGAAUAGGAUAUAUGGGGUUUGAAAAGCUCACAUUUGUUCCCAUUCAGACCAAAAUGGUUGAUUUAUCCCUACUAUCUACUGCUGAGAUCGAUUGGCUCAAUGAUUACCAUCACCAAACUUGGGAAAAGGUUUCGCCGUUGGUGUCUGGUUCUGUACGUCAGUGGCUGUGGAAUAAUACGAGGCCAGUGGGCAAACCUAAUUAG